AUGGCGCAUCACCUGGGCCCCUCUACAUCCGCAGCAACCACUACCAUCAAUGAGAAGAAGCUGACCGACAACAUCGACGCACGCAUCGACAAUACAUCCUUAACUCCAAUUUCUCAUCCUCCAAGCCAUACCGCCCAUACAGAAACCGAGUCGCUCCCGUACUGGCUGGUCAAUGUGCCACCGGGCGAACGGCCGACGACAUGUCCGGAGUACCUGCGCGAUCUGUCGCAAAAGAACAUUCGAAUCCUAUCGACCCCUGACGCAGCAUUCAAGAGACAGAGUUGGGAAACGGGAUCUUCUAGAAGAAGGACUGGUUUGUUGACUGGUCGCAUCACAGACGACUUGAAGAUUCUCUACAACGACUGGCCGUACGGAGUCGAGAAGGGGAUCGUCCAUCUAGUGGUCUGGACCAAGUUCGAGCUGGACGAGGACCCUGCGACGGGCGACCUGACGGACGAGAUGCGGAAGCAGAUAAACGACUUUGUCCAGAAGACCUUCUGCUCGCGUGUUCCUCCUGAGCAGGUCGUCUGGUUCAAGAACUGGAAGUCUCUCAAGUCGGUCCACGCGAUCGAGCACUUCCAUGUCAUGCUCUACAAGCCCGACAUGGAGUUUGUGAAGGAAGUUACGAAUGGCGAUGUUCCCCUGAUUGAGACGAUCUAA